UAUUUUUGCACCUAUCCCUGGAGUGCUGCGGAUUACUACCUUUGAUGUGUGACCGCCCUGACCGGGCUAUUUCGCCGCUGGCACCGCUUUACUUACCUACUCUUUGGAUGUGCUGCUCUGUUGUUAUUUUGGAAAUAUCGAAGUUGGUCGCUGGAGCCUGCACUCACCACGAUGGAGACAUCUCUACCUACUGCUACUACUACCGGUACCGUGAUACCUACUAAUACGUUUUCCUAUUCUGUUAAUGAUGCUGAUGUUAUACUGGGACAUGCUGAUGGGGACCCUACAUUUUUACAUACACCCUCCCUGACAGACCUUCAACGACAGUAUACAAAUGAAACCAAACGUGUGACUGCCUUGAACCUUCAUCUUACUACAUUGAAAGAAUAUUAUAAAUCACAGCGGAUCCCACGAGGACUUAGAUUUCAACCACGAGAAAAUGCUUACUCCCAAGAUAUUGAAUACCGUACAAAAUUUGAAUUAAUUACCAACAAAUACUCAUUCGAUUUGAUGCUGUUAAAUAUGGAGUUUUUAUAUAAAGAUCUUAUGGACACUCAAACUCGCAUUGCGACCAUCGAAACCUCUCUACACACCACCUGCAAGGAAGAGGAUAUAACCAAUCUAAUGGAGAAACAAACCAAUUUUUUACAGAAAUUCAAGACAGACCAAGAAACUGUUAAAAGGAAUAAAUGGCAUCGAGAUAACUUUGAUUACACUACUGGGCGGGUGUAUACUUGGGGAGCGUCAUCCUCACAGAAAAGAUUCCGGAAAACCAAGGACUCCAACACAGACUCUAAUGAUACUCAAAAGAGGGACACUACCGUGGACAAUAAUAAUAUUGAUUUUUUAGGGGUAACCAGUGGCCCAAAAGAGGACCCACACGGAGAGGGGGCCGCCGCCAUGGACGCUCCCGUAAAAACCCGAGCACAACGGAACCCCAAGACGGCACAAGCCAAGCUUUCAUUCAAGAAGAAAUAGAUCAUACAUCCACGGUUGGCGUGAUGAUGAUGGCUGCGAUCACUACUUUCAACAUAAUUCUUUAAAAAUUACCUUUUAUCUGUAAUUGUUCGGUUGUCAUAUGGUGCAAUAAAUAACGUUGUUUGUGACCCACACCCCAACACCACGCUCUUGUUUACU